CCUGCUUUUUGUAUCGCGUCCUUGCUAUCAGGAUGUUCUAUUUAUAAGAGAGGGGAGAAUAUAUCAACUUUUAAAACGAAACUUCUAAAAAACAAUAUUACAUACUGCCUCCAACAUGAAGGUAUUACUGAUUUUAGCUAUAUUAGCUACCACAAGAGCCGCAUUCAUCCCUUCUAAUCUACCUUUGGGAUUCCAAUAUCAAAACGUAAAACCAAAUCCAUUCGGAUCAUCACAAGCUCCAUUCAAUGGAGGCUUUUUCUCAACUUCCACUCCUGCACCAAUAGAACUGAACAGUGCGUUUGCUUCAUCGACUCCAUCACCACUAGAUAGUGCGUUCGUUUCAUCGACUUCCUCGCCGCUAGAUAGUGCGUUCGUUUCAUCGACUCCUUCGCCAGUAGAUAGUGCGUUCGUUUCAUCGACUCCUUCGCCACUAGAUACUGCGUUCGUUUCGUCGAGUUCUUCACCGCUCGGAUUCAACAACGAAUUUCUAUCAAGUGGAAUAGAUGGAAACGCGUUUGAAUCUAUCAUUUCAUCUACCCCUAAACCCACAAUUUUUUCAUCAACUUUAAACGGCCUAAACGGUGAAUUCGUUAGUUCUACGCCAGCACCUGCUAUCUUAAAUCAAAAUUUCAAUUCUUUCUUUUUGCCAAACACUAGUAACGGAUUUUUAUCUGGUAACGGUUUCGAAUCUAUCAUUUCUUCCACACCUAAUCCCAGUAUUUUGUCUUCAACUUUCAAUUUAGACGGUCUUAACAGCGAAUUCGUCAGUUCUACUCAAUCACCUCUUCCCUUAAACCAAUAUUUGAAUCAGUUCGAUAGAUCGAGCAUCGGCGUACCCCAAUUUCUCGCACAGCAAAAUUUCGAUACCGUAUCAAUCGAUAAUAUCGACAGCGGUUUGCCGCAAGGCUUUUUCGACACCCAAAGUCAAAGACCGGAGGUGGAGAAAAACGUUUACUUCUUCGCCGCCCCCGAAGAACCAGAACCCGUUAAACCUAGAGUUUAUUUCGAAGACGAUAAAAAGAACGUUAAUCUGAUCUUCAUUAAAGCUCCAGCCGCUCCAUCUUUAGGAACAAUCGAGAUAACUCCACCAAAAAAGGAAUCUCCCGAAAAAACGGUUGUCUACGUAUUGGUGAAGAAACCGGAAGACCACCAGAAUAUAGUGGUGAAAUCACCUCCUGCGGUCACACCCAACAAACCGGAAGUAGUUUUCAUUAAAUAUAAAAACGAUCAAGAAGCACAACACGCCAUCACUAGAGUACAAGCACAGCAAAAAGCAAAUUUGCAAAAUCUGCAAUUCGGUAGGGAAUAUAUUACAAACGGAGCUCUUUUGGGGCAAUCCGUUAUCCCUGGUUUUAGUACCACCACCGAGUCAACUUUCUCGACUUUGGGUAAUGUCGUCACUCAAGGUCCUCGGGUUCAAUCUUUACCAGAUAUCGGUGUGAAUUAUGGUCAAGGUCUCAUUCAAUCCCAAUCCCUAUUUAAGCCGGAAUAUAUAUCAAACGGAGGAAUUUUGCAGCAGCAAUCCAUUAUCCCGGGUUUCAGUACCACUACUGAGUCGACGUUAGGGAAUGAAGUCACUCAAGGCCUUCGGGGACAACUACCUCUACAAUCUUUAGCGAAUCUCCGUUUGAAUUACGACCAAAUUCAAUCCGUGCCCAAAUCUGAUUAUAUAUCAAACGGAGCAGUUUUGCAACAAUCUGUCAUCCCAGGUUUCAGUACCACUACUGAGUCUGCGUUGGGAAAUGACGUUACUCGAGGUACUUUCCAAUCUCUAUCGAAUCUAAGUCAACAAUCUGUUGUUUCUAGCUUCGGUACUAGCACCGAAUCUCCAAUAGAAAGUGCAGUUAGUCAAAGUACCGUUAAAUCUUUCACUGAUUUGGGUUUAAAUUACGGAAUUAACAGCGCGCCUUUGGUGUAUAGUACUCCAAGACCACAAGUUGAAAUUAACGCUAUUUCUAAUAACGCUAUAGAUAAUUUUGUAUCAAUCGGAGGUAGGCAAUCACAUUCCGAUCUAAUCGAACAAUCAACUAUAGCACCAGUGGUACAAUCGUCAUCUAUUUCACCUUGUGGAUCUUCAACUCAAUCACCGAUCAGUUUUUCAACCACUUUGAGUCCAAGUAUUACAAGUUUGAACCCUUUUUAUAAAAAAAAGUAAAAUAUUUAUAAGUUUUCUAAAAUAAAAUUUGAAUUUUAUAACCAUAUUUUAAAUUUAUUAUGUAAAUUAUAAAAAAUAAAAUCCGUUUUAUAGUAA